AUGCUAACAAGAAACUCCGUUUCCCAACCCACUCCCUUCCGCCGAUCUGGAGGGCUUCUUGAUCAAAAAACUCCCAGAAAGUCGAAAGGUUCGAAUGCCCAAAAUGUCAAGUCCGAGGAAAACACUGCUAGUUCUACGGCUAAAAUUUCCAAGAAACCGGUACAAUCGAGUAAUGUUUCAACAAAUUGUGUGAGUUCAACGUCUGGGUCGCGAAAAUCUCCAAGGUUGAACUGUGGGUCUUCGUCUAACAAGCCCGAGGGAAGCAAAUCUGAUGAGACAAAGAAUGUUGAACCUAGGAAGAACGAGAGUAUAAAGGUGGGAUCAUUGGAUGGAAAUAGAAGGGAAAUGGAGAAGAAGGAAAGGGGAAUUUCAGUCGAAAGUGAAAGAAGAGAGGUUUCUGAAAAUACCAAAGAUGUUGGGGUUAAGAGAAAUAGAAAGAGGAAGAGAGAGGGAGAGAGGAAGCCUAAAGAUGGAGGGGAUGCAGUUCUUCAAGGGUGGACAAGGGAACAGGAAUUGACUUUGCAAAGAGCCUAUUUUUCAGCCAAACCAACGCCUAAUUUUUGGAAGAAAGUUUCAAAGCUGGUGCCAGGAAAAUCUGCACAGGAUUGCUUUGAUAGAAUCCACACUAACCAUUUAACUCCGACUCCAACGGCGCCUCGUUCAAAGGCAAAACGAGUAAACUUGUCUCCAAUAGAACAUUUGUCAUUCUCCGCAAGCAAAUUGCUUCAAUCCCCUGCACUGAGUAAAAGCUCCGGUCGAGGUAAACAUAAAAGCUAUCUCACGCAGAAGAAAACGGUGAGACAUUUGUUGCGAAAGCAUCAUCUUGUGGAUGAAGGUGAUGAGGCGGAUCUGUUCUCCAUUCUCGAACCCAACACUAGUCCUUCCAUGCAUGUUUGUCCAAAUGUUAUGUUUUCUACCCCGAAAGUUUCAUUGGAAAAACAAGGAGUUCUCCGUAAGUGUCAUGAAAGAUCUUUUUCGGGUUGUAAGAAGCACCGUUCGAAACUUGUUAACUCUUGUACCGAAGCCCUCGUAAGUCCCCCGGUGUUGAAGCAGAUUAAGAAUAGGGAGUUACACGAGAAGUACAUCGACCAACUACAUAACCGGGAAGCUAAGAGAAAAGCCGAAUCUUCACAAGCUGAAACAGUUGUUAGAAAGGAGAACAGGGGAUCUACUCAAAUUCAAGUAGAUAAGAUUAAAGCAGCAAAGAAAGCAUUAGUUUCUGAUGCAAGAGAUGUUAUUAACCUGCUGCAACAUCUGCAAACCACUAGUGUUGACAACUCUUUGGACUUGGAAGCCGACAAUACCGACGGAGAUCAUGAUGAAGAAGAAGAAGAUGAUAUUAAUCUUUAACACUCUCAAUUCUAGUUUGUAUGAAAAUGUGUUAUAACCAGCAUGCUAAUUGUGACUGUCAUAUGUAGCUGCUGACUCUUGAUCAUGUAGAGUGUAGACUUUAAAAUG